UCUGAAAUAUGUUUUGAGCGGCUGCGAAACGUUGAACGGGUCGAAAACUGGAAACACUAGCUAAAAGAACUCACCAAGAAUUUAGAGUUUCUGUGUAUGUGUGUGUUGGCCAGGCCAACACCAAGUGGUAAAGAGUGAACUUGUUAUUAACUUAAAAUAUAUUUAUUAUUACGCCUAACCAAAUCACCAAAUACAAAAGAAACAUACAAAAAAUAUAUAUCUCUACAAAGAUAAUAAAUAAAAAAUCCCACCAAAAUGUCGAAACCUGUACCAAUGCCAACUUCCAAUACGGAAGAGGAUCUCCAUAAUAUACGUAAGCCCGAACCCUUCAGUUUUGCCAAGUUCAUGUACAAUUCUGAAGAGGGUACGGUUAUGGGACGUGAUCGCAGUUCAUGGGCUAAAAUUGGCAUCUUCUAUGUGGCAUUCUAUGGCGUAUUGGCCGCCCUAGUGGCCAUUUGUAUGUGGGCCUUUUUCCAGACACUCGACCCAAGAAUACCGAAAUGGAAGCUAGAUCGGUCCAUUAUUGGCACAAAUCCCGGUCUCGGUUUCCGGCCGUUGCCUCCAGUGGACAAUGUCGAGAGCACAUUGAUCUGGUACAAGGGCACACAGCACGAGAACUACAAACAUUGGACAGACUCACUGGAUGAUUUCCUGGCGGUGUACAAAGUACCUGGUUUGACACCGGGUCGAGGUCAAAAUAUCUAUAACUGUGACUAUAACCAGCCCCCACCGAAGGGACAAGUUUGUGAUGUCGAUAUUAAGUCGUGGUCGCCUUGCACCAAGGAGAAUAACUACAACUAUCACAAGAGCUCACCAUGCAUUUUCCUCAAGCUAAACAAGAUCUAUGGUUGGAUACCAGAAUAUUACAAUACCUCAAAGGAUCUGCCCGCAAAUAUGCCAUCGAAGCUAAAGGAUUAUAUUAAAAUUGUGGAGACAACAGAAUCGCACAAGUUAAAUACCAUUUGGGUAACUUGCGAGGGUGAGAAUCCAGCCGAUCAAGAGAAUAUUGGUCCUGUGGCGUAUUUGCCCGUACAGGGAUUCCCUGGAUAUUUCUAUCCCUAUCAAAACUCUGAGGGCUACUUAAGUCCUUUGGUUGCCGUGCAUUUCGAGCGACCCAAACGUGGCAUUAUUAUUAAUGUGGAAUGCAAAGCAUGGGCACGUAAUAUUAUCCAUGACCGCAAGGAGCGUAUUGGCUCAGUGCAUUAUGAGCUUUUGAUCGAUUAACGUGGCUAAAGUUAACAGAGGUGCAAAUUAUAUUAUAUAUAGAAACCAUAUAGAACCACUUUUAAGAGCAAAUAAUAGUAACGAAGAAUAAGAACACCAAAAUGGCAGAUUUUUUCUAUAGCAAACAUUUACAUUUAAAAAAAAAUGAAUGAAAUUAAUUCGCAAGGACAAACAAAACAAACAAAUUUUUGGAUAAUACAAUUUUUCAACUGUAGCUUCUUUACAUACAAGAAAUCUAUAUGUAUACAUUUGUAUAUAUACACAAACAAAAUCAUAUACAUAUAUAUAUCUAUAUACAAGACGAUAUAGAAAAAUUGAAAGUGAAAUGAUGAAUUCUACCGUUUAAGAGGUAUUUCCAUCAAUUAUGAGCAAUUUUUUUUGCAUUGUAAAAUUAAAUUAAUGCUGAAUGCUAAAUUUGUCAAAAGUAAAUUAUUAAUUAUAAAUAUUAGCAAAGUACGAAUCUCAUUCACCAGAUGUUCCAAAAACCAAAACAAACUAAAACAAAUUUACAAACAAAACAAAUUAUUGCUUAUUUUAAAUUACCAUUAAACUGCCAUUUAAAAUCGAGCAAAGCAAAAAAGCUUGCAUUUUUGAAUCGCAACAAACAUGCUAAGUAAUACAAUCUUUAAUAUAAAAAGAAAACAACAAAAACAAUCACCUAUUAAUGUUAAAUAUCUCUUUUGACCAAACCAACUGUGUCACCAACAGAACCCAUUAACUAAUCUGACCAAUAUCGAAGCCAAAAAAAAACAAAAGACAUUAUACAAAUUUUUGAAAUUAGUUUCCGUAAAUCGUAACAUUGUAUUGAAAGUGUUCUAUAACUAUAUAUAUUCUCUUUCUAUAUAUUCAAUCGAAUACAGAUAUAUAACAAUCAAUCGACAGACGUUAGUGCAGCCUUUAAUCAAUAAGUUUUUAAUGUUAAAUCCUACAUAAAUUAUAUAAAUAAUAAUAACAAUAAUAAUAGUAACAAACAUGACAAAACACAAAUGAAAUCUCUUUAAAAACGUUUUCAAUAAAAAUAAAAACAGUAAAACCAAGGA